AUGGACCGCGUUCGGUCUACACGCUCUUAUAACGCUGUAAUUUCCUUCGCUAUACAACACGCCGCUUAUGGCUCAGUGCCUGGGCUCUUUCGCGACAUGCAACGUGACGGUCUGGUGGCAAACGUGGAAAGCUGGAAAUUAGGUGUGAGGUUGCUUAUUCGUACGGGACGCUGGGACGAAGCAUGGUCGCGUGUCACGCAGAUUUCAAAGCGAACACAAGCUCAGUCGCGCGAAACCUCGGAUCGCCUCAGUAUCCCCAUUGUUGUCUGGCUUGAGCUAUUUGGCUCGGCAAAAUAUAGCUUGCUGCGGCGCACGUAUCGCUAUGCAACAUCAGGACGAAUACCUGGCAGUACGGUCGAAGGAAACGAUGCGUCCCGAUAUCUCCUCCUCAUGCGUCAUUUUCCUGGCGUGGGCCCUACCGAAUGCGCCCAAAUGUCUCCCCGGACUGUUGGUAUCAUUGUACGAGAGAUGAUACGGAUUGGACAAAGCCAUACUGCAUUCGAGGUUACACAAGCAUAUCUCAAGUCCCUGCCUGCAACGCUAUCGGCCAUUUCAAGUCGUCGCACGAUGGAUCUUAUUCACCUGCACCUCGCCUCCGAGGCGCGGAAGCGAGGGCUGAGAGCACACUUCGCUCUUCGCCGAACUCUUCACACGCUCUUGGACAGUUGUUCAGCUGCUACGCCUACAGCUAAGACAUUGCAUCUGCUUCUCCGGAGCUUGCGUCCGACGAAACGAUGUGGGACACUCGCCAAUCAGUGCCUUCGGCUCUAUCGCAGGCGAUGGGGGCCACAAAUCGAGUCGAGCGCUGUCAGAAGGCGGGUGGCUUCCUUGGCGCUCAAAGAAGGGCGCUUAGAUAUCGCACAAGAGAUGAUCAAACGCGAGCGCCUGGCUUCGAUUUCCCGGGCUUGCUGGACAUCGCAGCUCCACCUCCUCGGAGGAUGUGUCCGUGUUAAAGGCCGAACACGACGACUGCCAUUUCGCUUCAUUCGGCCUGGGUGGUCAAAGGAUUCGCACAGAUGGCGGGCACUCAGAAAGAGAGUCCUAAUUCUCUCAAAGACGAAGUAGGAGAUCACAACACCAUAUAGGCUAUCCAUACCUUCGCAUGUUUAUUACAAGGAAGCAUGAAACCCAGGCUUCCCUUUGCUGUGUUACAUAAUCAUAGAGUAGUCAGACAAGACCGCCGAUAAGAGCGUCUUCAACGAUUUUGCAGCUGGUACGUCAAACGAGAUCGGCCUUGGCUGGAGUUUUAUCGUGCAUUGUGAUUGCAGGACGACAAACCAUGUUUCGCUCAUUGGAUUGCAUUACACACAUAACGCUUGUGUACAAGAAAUAU